CGUCUCAACGGCUGAGAGGCGAGUCAUUCUCAGUCGUGAUUCUGUGUUGCUGACUGCAAUUCAUCCCUCCAUCAAUUGGGAUGCGUGGCUCGCGAUUGCAGUGCAUCGUCAUCGCUGCUGCUGUCUGCAGCUUGACAGCACUCGCAGCAGCAGCAUCAGCAGUGGUUGGAUUAGAGUACACUGAAGCGAACAAUGAUCUCGACACUGGUGAUCUGACGACAACUGACGCGCUCGCCCAACAGCAGUCUGUGCCUCCGCUCAUGCAAGACGCACUGGACGAGUUCCUGCAAUGGGCCAGCGAGGAAGGCAUCGAAGUUGGCGAGUCGGACGCUGGGGCAAAGACACUCGAGCUCCGAUUGCACCCAACAAUGGGCUUGUCCAUUUUCGCCAGUCAGGCCAUUGAAGCAUCAACCACCACACCGCUGUUGUCCGUCCCGCUGUCAACCUUCUUUGCAAGAUUCACGCUUUUGGAUUCGCCCAUGAUGGCUGCGUUAGCAGUCCGACCAGUCGCCCGUGAAGAGGCCAAGCUGUCACUAUUGUUUCUAUACGAGUAUUUUGACCCGGAUUCGUUCUGGCAACCCUGGUUUCAACUCUUCCCAAGAGAGCUCGACUGCGCUGGUUUCUGGGACGAUUUGCUACUGAUGGAGCUCGACAACACCAGCAUCCGGGACGCGAUUCGCCAAUUGGAAGCGCUCAUCGAGUACGAGUACGACCAGCUUGACUUGCCAGCGUUACGAUUAAGAUUUCCCGACUCGUUUGUUGCUGAUCGCUUUUCUUACGACGACUUCAAGUGGGCGUUCAUGGUGCUGGCAUCUCGCGGACUGACAAUGUCGGUGAACAACGCACCUUGCACGGUCAUGAUACCCUUUGUCGAUUUCUUCAAUCACAACGGGGCAAAGAGCAUCGCCUUUUCCUACACUCGAAGAGCUGGCGACGCGUCCGACGUUUCCAGCGGGAACUACGACGACUCUGUGGAAAAUCUCAAUUGCGCAGUGAUCUCGGGCAACGAAACUUUUCUGCCUGGAGAGCAGAUGUUUCUCAACUACAAAGCACACUCCAAUGAAGUGUUGCUGCUGCACUACGGGUUUGCUUUGCCGCACAACGAGCACGACACAUUCCUCGUCCGAUUGCACUUUGACCGUGAAAAGACCAAUGAUCCUCUCAUGGAUUUGCGCGAGCACCUCUUGGAAUUGCGCGGCAUCCAAGAAAACCAUCCCUUUUUGCUCCGCUGGCAUGGCGAUAUUAUUGAUCCUGACAUUCUUUUUGCGCUACGGGUCAUGAUUGCGACGAAAGAUCAACUCGAUUUUUUACUCGAGGAAGGAAUCGCAAGUAACAGCCCGUUUUCUGUCGACUCGGAGCUUGUUGCCACGGUGCUUCUUCAACGCAGCUUGGAGCGAAACCAAGCAAAAUUUGCGACAACCAUUGAGAGCGACGAGUUUGCCGAGCAGCGAGUGCUCCGUCGACUCGAGGAAACGGAGCCUGAAUCGCCAGCAAUGCGCGGAUUGAUUCGCGAGCUUCACGCCAUCCGCUACCGAAUGGGACAGAAGCGGUUGUUGGCGUUUGCACUCGCGCAGCUUGCACAGUUACAAGCCGAGCUCGACUUGAAUCGCAUUACGCUCGAUGCAACCUAUCCAUUUCAGAGGUUUCAGCAAAGUCUGCACGAGCAAGACUCUUCAUCGUAAUACAUGCAGCACUGCUUCAUUCGGCCAUUUGAUCACUCGUCUUAUUCUGCGUGUCCCAAGUAACUCGAGCUGCCGCAACAAACCCUAAGGCGCUUUGCUUUGUUUUGCAUUGAUAAUAUACAUCAUAUCAUCCCAAAGCUAGAUUCCAACAAAAAUCAUGGGAUUCUCAGCG